GCCCAUUUAUCGCACUCAACUGGCACCGUUUUAAAACUUUAGGUUGCUAUGGAGCCCGAAACAGAGCUCUACCAGACGUCUCUAUUGUUGACAUAGUCUCGGUUUCGUGCUCCUGCUCUGACGCUUGGCUGCAGUUGCAGAAAAACAUUUCGUUUGGGACAGAGAUUCAUCGUUGUCGAUUUUAGUGCCAAUGUGUGAGGCGUAUUUGAAUGGUGUAGUAUUUGCUGGUGCUGGUAUGGCGUGGUAAUCACUUUCAGAUUGAAGGAGUCGUGCAGAUCGGGAGGGGAUUUUUGGGCUCUAGUGUAAUGAGUUCCGAGGAGAUGGAUAUGGCGGCGCCCGUGGAGGCAGGGGGAAGCGAGGGUGUGGUGGCGGAAGAGGUUAAUGAUGUUGCUGCGGCUGUUGACGAGCGUGUAGUGAAGAGUGAACCUGCCUUGGAUGAAUUGAAUCGUAAAGUAUCUCACGAUGUUGAGAAGUCUGAAGAAGUUGAGGGGAAGGUCUCUGAUGAAUCUGUGAACGAGAGUGUUGAUACAACUGUGGAAGCUCCAUUGAGUGUCAGUGCAGAGGAGCCUCUUGAGGUAGAUGCAGAGUUUAACCCUUUGAAUCACAUUCAAGAUGCGGCGGAGAUCACAGAAGGCGAGGAGUUGAGUGAAGCUAUUGAAAAAGCCGUUCUAGAUGAUGAAGAGAGCUUGAAACCUAAAAUUUCUGAGGAUGUCCCUGCUCCAGUAUCGGAUAACUCUGUAGAGUGCGUUGAUUCGGUUGUAGAUUCGGCAACCACUGCUGAGCCUUUGGAGGAUUCAGUAGUGGUAGGACCUGUAUCUACUUCUAAUGAUGUCGAAGAUGAACCCAAGCAUUCUGAAGAUGCCUUGGAGCCGCACUCAGUAGUAUCUUCGGAAAUUGGUGACAAUGAGGGCGUGAGAGCGGAGUCUUCCGGAGAAAAUUUACUUGAGAAUACUGAUGGUGAUACAGUCGAUGAUGUUGGCGAAGAGGACAAGGAAGUUGUGGAGGCAACAACGAGUGAAGAUCUCAUAGAGGAAAAUUCAGAAGGAGUGGAAACUGUGCCUUCUGAUGAUAUUGAAAUGAAAGUCCCUGAUGUGAAUUCUGAGGACCUGAGUGAGACAAAUGCAACAUCAGAAAGUCCAGACAAUGCGAAGGAAAGGGCUGAAAUUAUUGGUGAAGAAACACCUGCCACAGUUAGUACUGAUGCUGUUGAUCCAUAUGUUGAGGAGGGCGAGGAGACUGUGGAAGCAACCACCGGUAAGGAUCUGAAAGAGGAGGUAUCAGCAGAAGUGAAAACUGUGCCGCCUCCCUCUGACGAUGUUGCGGACAAUUCUGUUGAGGUGAAUUCUGAAGAUCUCAGCGAGGUGGCUGCUGAAAUGCCUUCGAAGAGUACUGACUGCGAGGACGUAGGAGCUAAAGUUCUUAGUGAAGAAUCAGCUGACGUAGUUGACAAUGAACCAGUCGAAGCUCCUGGUGAGGAGGCUGUAGAAGCGGCACCCAGUGCAGAGCCUAUGGUGGAGUCACCAAGUUCGACAUCAGUGUCUGCUCCUCCUGAUGAAGUCGGAGUUAAAGAUGUUGAGGUAAAUUAUGAGGAAGCGGCACCUAGUGCAGAGCCCAUCGUGGAGUCACCAAGUUCGGAGGCAGCGUGUGCCUCUCCCGAUGACGUCGAAGUCAAAGAUGUUGAAGUGAAUUUUGAGGUUGCGAGUGGGAUGACCACAACGUUGGAGACCGCUGACCGUGAGUACGUAAGACCUGGAAUUUCUGCUCAAGAAUCAGAUGACAAAGUUGAUAGUGAAGCAGUUGAUGCCACUGUCGAGGAGGUUGAGAAAGAUAACGAGUAUACGGAAGUGACAACUAAUGGAGACCCCGAUGAAAAACCAGUAAGUGUUGAACUCGAGCUUGCUCCCUCUGAUAUUGUUGAUGACAAAUCGGUGGGGGAGAGUCCUGAGAGUGCUGGUGAAGUACGGUCUUCGAAGGGUGCUGGAAAUGAGGACCUAAGCCCUGCACUUCCUGCUGAAGGAUCAGUUGACAUCGUCGAUAGUGAGUCAAUUGAUGCUCAAGUAGACGAGAAGGAAGUUGUUGGAGAAACAACUAAUACGGAGCCUGAGGAAGAAUUGGUUGAAGCGGGACCUGUUCCAUCUCCCUCUGAUCAUGUUGAAGACGAAGCAAUAGAGGCGGAUUUUGAGGAUGAGUCUGAUUUGACUACAACGUUGAUAAGCGCUGAUAGUGAGGACACAAUAGCUGGAGCCUCCGCUGACAGCGUUGACAGUGAAGCAGUUGAUGCUCUCGUUGAAGAAUCUACUGAAGUUGCAGAUGCAGCCACCAAUAUGAAAACCGAUGAAGACUUGGCCAGUACAGAAUUCCGUACUGUUCCUGAUGAUGCUAUUAGCAUAACUGAGGAAGUGAAAUCUGAAGUGUCUGCGCCAGAAAUGGAUGACGAAAAUAUCAAUGCCACUUUUGCUCCCUUGCCUGUUGAAGAGGACAUCUUUGAUCUCAAUGAAUACUUAUUGUCAACUCUCGAGCACGAGGGUAUCUCUGAUGAUUCUCCUAAACAAAAUGGUUUGGAUAUGGCAGCUGAUGUAAAAGAAAUCGUCGAUGCUGAAUAUUCUCAAGUAUCUUCACAGGUUGCCUCGUCUGCAGAUUUUCUGGAGGAGGCAGACGAUGUGUCUUCAGAAAGACAUCAUCAGAACUCAGGGCUAGCAGAAGAGGAAAUUGUCCAAACUGACAGAAGCUCGCACGAGGAGGAGCUUCCACAAGAGAGUGAUGCAGACCCUCCAAGCGAAAAAUCAGUUUUAGUAGAUGCUGAGGUAAAUGCGAAGGAUGCAAAGAGUGUUGCUGAGGGGAAGGAUUUUAUCAAUGAAGAGAGACCUGAUACCCAAUCUGAGGAGUUCCCAGAAUCUUCAGUAAUCCCCAGUCCGGAGGAAAUUUUGAGGAGUCCUGUUGUGCUUGCCUCUAAGGACCGGUCUGAUGAGUUCGCUGAGCCAUGUGAUGAGCAUCCUUUGGCUGAGGAGGUUGAACAUCCUACAACAAAGGCUUCUAUUGUGCCCAGUAGCAUUGGAGUCGAGAGGAAGGAGUUACCCAGUAUUGAAUCAGUUGACGAUGAUGGAACAGAUGUGGCCCCUAAAGAUGUAUCCCGUUUGCUUCAGACCGAGAUGACAGACGAUGAAGUCAAGUCAGCAGUCAUCCAUGUUCCAGAAGAAUAUGUUGAAGUUGAGCCGUCACUGCUACUUGCUGAUGCUCUUGGAGUUCCCCAUUCAAAAGAAGUUGAAUCCAUUUUGAGAGAAAUCAACUUAAACGAUUUUAGUGAGGCUCCUACCACUAACAAAAUAUUGAGGGGUGAACCAAGCGUUGAUUCAGACGGUGGCAUGAUUUCUGAUGAAGUGGUCACUCCACUAUCUGUUACAUCACUUGGAACUGCGAAUGGUGAGAAGGAGCAAUCUCUGGAUACAGCUGGAAAUGAGAGUGAGGUGGCAUCCAAGUCAAGUUACAAUCAUCCAGACCUUGAUGAGGUGGCUGCUAAACUUCACCAUGUUGCUGAAGAUAUUAUGUUAAGUGACAAUGGGGAGGCACGAGGCUCUGUGUCGCAGAGCGUGGCUCAAAUAGUGCUCGACGAGAGUAGCAGAGCUGCAGACUCGGCGGAGUAUAUUACAGGAGUCGUCCAACACGUUGCACAAUUUGCACAGGAUGCAAGUCGGGCUAAUUUAAAUAUGUUGUCGGAGACUGUGGCUCGUGGCUUUGUUGAUGACACCACUGAUUCACCUGCAGAUCGACCAGUCAGCCAACCCCAGGGAACUACAAGUUUGGGAAACAUGGUGUCACUUUUCAUUGUGUGGUGUGUAUCGCUUUGUGCUUCACACAUUUCGAGCAAAAACAUGCCCGCUCCUGCUCUCAAACUUGGAGCGGAAGAGGUAACUGCAGUCCUUCAUUCGAAUGUUCAAUCACCACCUGCUCCAGCCCAAGAGACUGCUACCUCAAGCCAUUAAAGAAUCCACAGUCCAGUCCUCGUGAAUUCUGCAAUGAUAAACCUAGGUAAAAACCUGUUUGACUACUAAUAGUUUUAAUUGAGCCACUCAUUGUAGUCGCUCUUUUGUUUCUAUCAUGAAGUAUCAAUUAGGCCUAAUUGCCAAAACACGGCCUUGGUAAUCAACAAUCGUUGCAUAGACUGCAUAAACUGUGUGUUUCCACCUAUUUGUUUCAGAAGUGGCUUGCUCACUGGAGUUGUAGAGAACUAUUACACUUGAGUACGCAGCAGGUAGAAGUGGUUUGGUAUAUGAUCUCCAGCAUCGUUAAGAGGGUUUCUUGUGAGUCGCUUGUGGGCGGUUUCUUAUAAUCGCUGUGAAGUAGCCGAAAGCCCUUCAAGGGAGUUUUUACGGCGAUAAUUUGUAUUACUAUCUACUCAAAGUGGGCCGGGGGACUUUCUGCCUGCACACUAUUUCUUCACAUUUUGUAAUCAUGCCGGAAUUUUUUCAUUCGGACCUCAAUCCAGGUUUUCGAUGGUGUCCAUCUGAAUUUCCUCGGAAUGAUGUUGCUCUCCGAAAUUGUAAUAAAGUUAUUUUCUCAGAUCAAAA